UGGUCCGAUUCCGAGAUUGUAUUAGCCUGGUUGGAAAAACCACCACAUGCAUGGAAGACGUAUAUCUCCAAUCGAACGUCUGAAAUUCUUGACCUAGUGGGAUCAGCCACUUGGCGACACGUAGCCAGUGCUGACAAUCCUGCUGAUCUAGGUACAAGAGGGUGCAAACCUUUGCACCUUGCCACCACCACCCUCUGGUGGAAUGGCCCCCGAUGGUUAACAGAAUCUCCCGAUUCUUGGCCACAAUCGCCCAUGCGCAACAUUAUUGCCCCAGAAAGUCGAAAGAUCGACUCCUUUCACACAGCAUUGGAUGACGACGACAUCCUUGAGCGAUUUUCAUCAUACACCCGAGCACUCAGGGUAAUCGCUUACAUGAUCAAAUUCAUAGAACGACUCAAGAUUAAAGUCAAGGGAGAACCCUCAGUGUACUCCCAAGGUGAUACUUUGUUGCACCUAGACCUACAAAAGGCAAGGGUCGCUCUCAUCACUUACACCCAAUCGCGCCAUUUCAGUAGCGAGAUGUCACUACUAAGAGAAUCGAAGCCGAUUAAUAAAAGGAGCUCACUCUUAGUACUAAAUCCAUUUCUGGAUACAAAGGGUGUGCUUCGUGCGAACGGUCGGCUUGCCAACUCAAGCCUGACAUAUAACGAACGCCAUCCCAUAAUUUUGCCAGAACAAUCACAACUUGCAACAUUACUUAUCCGUUAUAUACAUAUAUUAAUGCUACACGCUGAACAUCGCUUGAUGCAACAUAUAAUCCGUCAAGAGUUCUACAUUCCCCGACUUAAGCCUCAAAUAAAAAAAUGCAUUUUCAUGUGUAAAAUCUGCACGAUGCAUAAACAGAAAAUGAGGACGCAGAUUAUGGCAGCACUUCCACCGGAACGCUGCAACUUUGCUCCGCCUUUCACUACCACAGGUGUCGAUUUUGCUGGGCCUUUUCAGAUAAAGGCGUCCAUGCUAAGGUCUCCCACACUAAUGAAAGGCUACGUGGCUGUCUUUGUCUGUUUUACGACAAAAGCAGUACACCUCGAGCUAUGUACUAGUCUGAAGCUCGUCCAAAAUUACGGCCCAUUCGUGCCACGUAUUGGUAUUAUGGAUGCUGAAAGGCCAGUUACACCAACGCCAACUAUACGUUCGGCUAUCACUGUGCCGCGCACUGGGGCUGUCCCCGUAGCAGCGCCCCGUACAACUACUGUCACGACUGCGCCAACCGUUGCACGAACUGCCGCCCGACAAACCACGACCGCGGCUUCGCGGCCACCCCGAACCCGAUGCCCGUUUUGUUGCCGCCCACACCGCUUGCAGCACUGCCCUAUUUUUAAGGGGAUGACUCCCAAUCAGCGUCAGCAGGUGGCACAGGCACAUGGACACUGCUUGAAUUGUCUGGCCCAAACGCAUGUUACACAGGAGUGCGCGUCUGACACCAUGUGCCAGCACUGUGAGCGGCCACAUCAUACACUACUACACCGUCAUCCCAGACGUGCUGUCGCCCGUUUAUCUGCUCCCCGUAGUCGCGAUUUAGCCCGACAGGCGCAGCCAAGCCGUGUAGCACGGACCCGUCGAAGAAAUGUCCUCGCAGCACCUCGGGCCUGGCGUCCACAUAACGACAUUUCGAUGCGGCGCCAAUCAUCCAGGCCACAACGCCGCACGACAGGCCUUAGCAACGUGGUCGCCACCUUGCAGCAGCUACAGCGUCUCCUAGGCUAA